AUGAAAAAAAAUACUACAACGCCAAAUAUACUAACAAUGGAGGCAAUGAAGAUGAAGCUUUUCGUGGCGGUUUUGGUUGCGAUGAUAGCUUUCUCUGCGGUUCAGCAAUCGGCUGCAGCGGUUGACGCCCCGGCACCGAGUCCUACCUCCGAUGCAUCCUCGUUUAUCCCUACUGUCUUCGCCUCCGUCUCGGUUUUGGUCAUUGGAUUACUCUUUUGA